CUAAUUACAUCUGCAGUUACAACUCUGACAAUUACAACAAUUCAGCCCAGCACUGCAGCAACUACAGACUUCAUCAUAUAUACUGCACCUCCUCCCACGAAUCCAACAGCAGGAUAUUCAUGUACAUGCAAAUAUCUCAACCAAAAUUUUUCUUCUGGUUCCUACAUGUAUAAUCAGACCGAUGGGGCCGGCUGGUGUUUCACAUCAUUCUGCAAUCAAAGUUGCAUUGUCGAAAAACAAGCAAUACCUUGUCAUACUACUUCACCACCAACCAUAUUUACCACCAAGCCCAUAACACAUUGUCAAAAUGUCAAUCCACCAAGAAAGGAUGGUGAGUCUUGGCAGACUGAUAAAUGCACCAUUGAAACUUGCCACAGUGGCAACAUCACCACAGUACCAGUGAAAUGUGCAGCAGUGUCAGAACCUGUGUGUGAAAAUAAGUUUCCAGCUAUUAAAGUCUAUGAUGACACUGGUUGCUGUUUUCAUUAUGAGUGUCAAUGUAUCUGCUAUGGAUGGGGGGAUCCACACUACGUGACUUUUGAUGGAACAUAUUAUAGUUUUCAGGAAAACUGCACCUAUGUAUUGGUUAAAGAGAUAACUCCAACAUACCACAACUUCACAGUAAUAAUUGAAAAUGUGAGCUGUGGUCCUUCUGGAACCAUAUCUUGCCCACAGUCUUUGAUUGUGUAUUACAAGUCCUAUACAAUUAUUCUUACACAGAAGAGGUCUAUCAUCACAACAAAUAUGGUGUACAUAAAUGGCAUGCAGAUCUACCCAACCUUUUCUAAUCAUGACCUCAUCAUAACCAGUACUGGAAUUGAGUUGCUUUUGAGAAUCCCGGAAAUUAAGGCGGAGGUUGUUUUCAAAGGACUUAUUUUCAGCGUCUCCUUGCCAUAUUCCCUUUUCCACCACAACACAGAGGGCCAGUGUGGUCCUUGUGACAAUAACAAAACAAACGACUGUAGAUCAGGAAACGGGGAGGUCAGUUCAUCAUGUCCUCGGAUGGCACACACGUGGCAAAUUCCAGGGAAGCCUUGCAACUCAACUUUUACUGAUAGUCCAACUCCUCCAACAUGCAAUUACACUGAACUCUGUGAAGUCAUACUGAGCAAGAUAUUUGAUGAAUGUCAUGAAGUAAUCCCAAGAGAGGCAUUUUAUGAGGCCUGCAAAUUUGAUGUCUGCCAAAAAACCAAUGUUGGCUGCUCCAGUGUGGAGGCGUAUGCCUUGAUGUGUGCCAGGGCUGCAGUUUGUGUUGACUGGCGGAAUUCAACAAAUGGAGAAUGUGAAUACAAAUGCCCUGCCACCAAAGUCUAUAAAUCAUGUGGCCCAGUUGUACAACCAACUUGCAAUGCAAAAUAUAAUGACAAGUAUGUGAAGCCAAGUUCGGCUGAGAAAUGUGAAAAAAAUGGAACAUGUGACACAUAUAUGGAGGGAUGCUUCUGCACAGACGGGAACAUUUUGUUCAAUUCUUACUCUGACAUCUGUGUCAGCUCUUGUGACUGCACUGGGCCUGAAGGCCAACCAAAACAGCGUGGAGAAACUUGGCAGAGUAACUGCCAAGACUGUAUUUGUGACACAGACACAAAGAGUGUUCAGUGUAAGCCUGUGGAAUGUCAGUCCCCAAAAAACAUAAGCUGUGACCAAGAGGGUGAGGUGUUGGUAAAUCACACCAUAAACUGCUGUCUCCAAACCAAAUGUGAGUGUGAUGUGAAAUACUGCUUAAAAAUAAUACCACAGUGCGCUGCAGGGUUUAAGCUAAACAUUAAAGUGGAACACUGCUGCCCAUCCUAUACUUGUGAGCCAAAAGAUGUCUGUGUCUUUAAUAAUACCGAGUACCAGCCAGAUGUUCAAGUUCCUAAAGACAGAUGUGAAACGUGCCACUGUGGCCCUAAACUGGAUCCUCAGACAAUGUUACAUGUCAUUGAGUGUGCACCGAAGAUCUGUAACACCCAAUGCCACCAGGGUUAUGAGUAUGAUGUUCCGCCCGGUCAAUGUUGUGGAGAGUGUAAACAGAGGAGUUGUGUGGUAGCCCUUCAAGAUAACACAACUCACAUCAUUGAGAAUGGAAAUGUUUGGUCACCUCCUGAUAAAAAGUGUGUUGAGUAUAAAUGCACAAAUGACAGCAACCAGUUCAUGAUCGUGAAAUCAAAAACAGAAUGCCCACCCUUCUAUCCUGAACUCUGUGUCCCAGGAACAGAAACAACUUAUCAAGAUGGCUGUUGCCAAACAUGUAACAUACAUGAAUGCAAAGUCAAAAGAAACACCACAUACCUGGAAUUUGGAAACUGCAGGUCAACAGGCCCUGUGGAAGUCACAGAAUGUGCAGGAUCCUGUGGAACAUUUUCAAAGUACUCAGCAGAGAAAAAUAGAUUGAUGCAUUCAUGUUCCUGCUGCCAAGAAAUGUCGAGUAGCAAGAAGGAGGUGGAGAUGAUCUGCACAGAUGGAAAUAAAUUAACAGGCUCUUACAUUUAUAUCAACACUUGUGGAUGCCAUGUCACAGAAUGUGACAAAAACACUUAAGAUUGCAUUGUCCAUCUGAUUUUUAAACGACAAUAUUGACCGUUUUAGUUAAUAGUUUAGUUAAUCUACUGGGCACUAAGGGGUUUCAUCUUUGACAUAUAUGACUAUAGCCUACUUUCCCUAUUCUUAUAAACAAUGUACUGUUUCAACCUGUGGUGGCUGUUCUUUCGUAGUGUAUUAAAGCAGAAACUGAGCAUA